AAUAAAACCGUUGACGCUGAGAUUUGCAAUUGCGGCCCCUACGGGGUUGGGCUUGUUGGUGUUUGUGGGUUUUGUUUAUUUAAGAGGCGGAAGAGAGAAGCUAAGUGAAUUAAAGGGGCGAAUGGAGGAGGAGUUGGAAUCAGCGGUGGAGGUGCCAUUUGGGGUGGCGGCGGCGGCGGUGGUGGUGGUGAUUUUGGGUGCAAAAAUGGGGUUGGUGUUAUGGUGGAAGCCAAGAAGGAUAGAGAACCACUUUCUCCGGCAAGGAAUUGGAGGGCCGCCGUAUCGUUUCUUUAUUGGUAAUUUCAAAGAAUUGGUUUCCAUGAUGGCGGCGGCUUCUUCCCAUCCAAUACCCAAUUUCUCUCAUAAUAUUCUGCCACGUGUCCUCUCCUUCUACCAUCACUGGAAGAAGAUUUACGGCUCUACGUUUGUGAUUUGGUUCGGACCCAUUGCUCGAGUUGCGGUAUCCGACCCCGACAUGAUCCGAGAAAUCUUCAUCACUAACUCCCAUUUUUACGAGAAAAACGAAGCCCAUCCACUCGUUAAACAGCUCGAAGGCGACGGCCUCCUCACUCUCAAUGGCCCAAAAUGGGCUCUCCAUCGCAAAAUCAUCUCCCCCACUUUUCACACAGACAAUCUCAAAUUGCUGAUUCCUUUAGUAGAGGAAAGUGUAAUGGAUAUGGUACAGAAAUGGUCGUCUAUGACGGAGGAAACGACCUCGGGCGAGGUGGAGAUUGAUGUUUUCGAUAGCUUCCAAACGCUAACUGAAGAUGUCAUAACGAAAACAGCGUUCGGUUGUAGCUAUGAAGAUGGUAAAGCGAUUUUCAAGAUUCAAACUCAACAAAUGAUAUUAGCUUCAGAAGCUUUUCAAAAGGUCUUCAUUCCUGGCUAUAGAUUCUUGCCGACAAGAACAAAUAUGAAGUCGUGGAAAUUAGAGAAGGAAAUAAAGAAAUCAUUGCUGAAAUUAAUCGAGGGGCGAAAACGGAAUUUUGAAAAGAAUUGGGCAAUUAAUGAAAAAGGACCAAAAGAUUUGUUGGGGCUCAUGAUCCAAGCUUCCAUUUCUGUCCAUGACAUCGUGGAAGAAUGCAAAAGCUUCUUCUUUGCUGGCAAACAGACCACUUCCAAUCUGCUGACGUGGACUACUGUCUUGCUGGCAAUGCAUCCACGCUGGCAAAUUCUGGCACGUCAUGAGGUCUUUACCAUCUGCGGUCCACGUGCCCUCCCCUCCUCUGAUGACGUGUCCAAGUUCAAAAUUCUGAGCAUGAUACUAAAUGAAUCCUUACGAUUGUACCCACCCACCGUGGCUACAAUCAGACGUGCAAACGCUGACGUGGAGCUAGGUGGACGAAUGAUCCCACGUGGCACGGAGUUUUUGAUUCCAAUCCUUGCCGUUCAUCAUGAUCAAACUAUUUGGGGCAACGAUGCAAGUGAGUUUAAUCCAGAGCGAUUCUCAGACGGAGUAAGCCGAGCUGGAAAUCAUCCAGUUGGGUUCAUUCCAUUCGGACUUGGGGUUCGGAAUUGCAUCGGCCAAAAUCUAGCAGUUUUGGAAGCAAAGUUGGCAAUGGUGAUUAUACUUCAACGUCUCUCGUUUCGAUUGGCUCCUACUUAUCAGCAUGCGCCGACUGUCCUGAUGCUUCUUUAUCCACAGUAUGGCGCUCCCAUUCUUUUUGAAAAGAUAGCCUUAAAUUAAAAUUACUAGGAUCGUCAAAAUUAACCACAGAAUUAUCAGUAUAAGGUCGUGAAACGACUAACAUAUAGGGAGCUUGAAGUAUCUCGUAAUAACACAAUUAAAGGUUGGGAUUAGAACUUAAUCCGUAUCUUGUUA